ACCUUUUAUCAUGCAUAAUUCAGCAGUACACUCUAUCAGUCUGUGGCUUUGAGUGUGUGUGUAUGUUGUGUGUGUGUGUGUAUCCCAGCAGGAUGGGUACAUUUGUGACCCUGGCAGAGGUGCUGGAGGCCCGGGGUUCACCACUGGAUGAGGAUGAGGUCUGGUGUCUGCUGCUUGCCACCACUGAGGCCUUACUGGACAUUUCCAGAAAAGGUUCAGGCAACAUGUGCAGUGUGCUGAGCCCAGGCUCGGUGCUACUGUCAGCCAAUGGGAGUCUGGCCUUUAAAAGCUGUGCCAGAUAUGAAGACGUGGCCUCCUUCACAGCUCCUGAGGUCCAGCAGGGUCACGCUGCCUCCACCAGGACAGCCGCUGAAAAGAUGGUUGUGUACUCACUGGGGAUGACUCUUUAUUGGUGUGUUGAUUAUCAUCUACCUCAAAACCAGCCGGUCCAGCUGAGUGCAGAGCUGGAGGGUUUGCUGCUGAGCAUGUGCGAGGACAUGGUGGUUAGACGAACCAAUCUGCUGACGGUGCUGGAGUCCUGCGAGCUUCACCACAAGGCCUCGAUGAUGCCUCCUGCCGAACAGCUUGUCAGGCACCUGGUGGAAGAUGUCUACAGAAACUCAGUUGAUCAUGUGUCCAUGGCUGAAAAUGGAUCCCAGCUAACAGACCGCAGUCAAAUGGUCAGGGACAGAUUACACAGAGGCUCUUUUAGCAACUCAACAUGGGCGCUGAAGAAGAAGAUUUCUAGAACGUUCUCUGGAGCAUCUUAUCCAUGCGAGCCUACAGGGAUUCCCUCAGGAGGUCGACACAGGGACAGUUACGGCAGCUGGCAGCAGCUGAACCGCAACCCCUGCAGUCCGUAUAUAGAUGGCAAUCGAAACGCCAACUCAAGAUCCAUCCCACAGUUCGAGCCCGCAAUGAGUGACAAGAAAAUGAAGGACAUGGGUCCUGAGUUUAUUAGGAUGUUAGAUGAGCCGCUGGUUGUCUUGGAGCUGCCUGGAUCUAUUGUGUCAAAGAAAGGGAAAUCUCCAACCACUCAGAGAGAGCUGAGUGUAGUAAUGCCAAACGGUCAGACCAUCAUGGUCAAGUGUGAGUUGAAAUCCAGAGGAGGAGACGUCUUUGACAUGAUCGUGGCUCACUCCAACCUGAUGGAACAUUUCUACUUUGGCCUUGCUUAUAUUGACGAUAAUGAAUUUUUCUUUGUGGACAACGAUACCAAGAUUUCCAAAGUUGCUCCAGAUAGCUGGAAGAAAGUGCCUACAACCACCUUUGUCCUUUUCCUCAGGGUCAAAUUCUUUGUCACUGACAUUUCUCUUCUUUUGCACAAACAGACCCGCCACCAGUAUUACCUCCAGCUAAGGAGAGACCUUUUGGAGGACAGGCUAUCCUGCCAUGAGGAGACGGCUCUGUACCUGGGAGGUCUGGCCCUGCAGACAGAGUGGGGAGACUGCAUGCCUGAGGUGUAUGGUAGGAACUACUACCGACCUGACCAGUACGUCUCCAAGAGUGUGAUGGAGAAACGUGCCUUGCCUUACAUUCAGGGGGAGCUGCUGCGACUUCACACCAACAAUGCUCAGAUGCUUGCUGACGAAUCAGAGCUCGAGUUCCUCAAGGUGUGUCAGCAGUUGCCUGAAUACGGCGUGCUGUUCCACCGUGUGAUGCGUGAGAAAAAGCCUCUAGAAGGAGAGAUUAUCCUCGGGGUUUGUGCCAAAGGAGUUAUCGUCUAUGAGAUUAAAGAUGGCUGCAGAUCUACCAGUCAGAAUUUUUACUGGAGGGAAACAGCAACAAUCUCCUCUACUAGGCGUAAAUUUGUAGUCGAGAGCCGGGGCAGCAAGAAGAAGUACACCUUCAUCACAGAGAGAUCCAAGAUUGCCAAAUAUCUGUGUAACCUCUGCUCAGCCCAGCACAAGUUCAACAAUGAGAUGACCUCUCGCCAGCUCACCCACAGCCUGGUCUCAGAGGAGAACAUCGUUCAGUAUGCCGCAGUGUGUCGGGCUCAGAGCAGCCGCCGCAAGUCCUUCUCCUGUUCGGAGACGCCACAGGAUGACAGCGGUGUGACCACGCCUCAGGAUGAGUCAAUGAACAAGCUCUGUGAUGAUGUCGCAGCCAGGAUCGAGACCCGUAUUAAACUGCAGCGCCAGAGCCUCAAUGAACAGAGUACCUGCUCCAGCAGUCAGCGCAGCAGCACUGGAAUGCGUUCCCCAUCCUGCUCUCAGAGGAGCGGAUCCGAAGCUCCUUCUGGCUCCCCGGCAGCCAGAGAAACCCCAACAAAACUAGGGCCAUCAUCAGAGAGAGAAGUCAUAUGUGUGUCUUUAAAGAAAGAUCCAAAGCUUGGCCUGGGUAUAGUGAUAGUGGGAGAGGACACUGUUGGACAUUAUGACUUGGGCAUCUUUGUUGCUUCCAUUGUGCCUAAUGGACCUGCUGAUAAGGAUGGACGCAUCCGACCAGGCGGUCGUCUGAUCUCUCUGAACCACAUCAGCCUGGAGGGCGUCACCUUCAGCGAGGCAGCGGAGGUCAUGCAGAGCAGCCCUGAGGAGGUGCAGCUCAUUAUCUCACAGCCAAAAGUCCUCGUCAGUCCCAACACCAUACGCUCUCCUGUGAUGAGGAAUUAUGAGUCCCAGACCACACUGAUGACAGACGGCCGAUCAGGAGACCAGGAGAGCUUGGAUGAGACUGUGUCGGUCAUGAUGACACCGAAGACUGGCAACAGGCUUCACGUCCCCCGAGAAGUACGAGUCCUCAGUGCACAGGACAGCUGCUCUCCGUCUCCCCCCCUAAACUGUGUGAGGCCACAGGAGAUCACCGUGGAGCUCAGAAAGAUAUCAGGAAGUCUGGGCCUCAGCAUCUCUGCUGGCAACACAAACCUCCCUAAUGGAGGAAUCUACAUAAGAAGCCUUGUUCCAGGAGGGGCUGCUGAGAGAGAUGGACGUCUACAUGCAGGUGACAGAGUGUUGGAGGUGGACGGGAUAAGCUUCCAAGGGUUUACCUACCAUCAGGCUGUGGGAUGCCUGAGUAAAACUGGGGAGGUGGUAACUUUGGUUGUGGAGAGGGAGCUGAUGAACCGAGCCAGUGUUUCUCUCAGUGCAGACACCAGCAGCAGUGUAUCCAAUCAGAGCAUCAGUCCAGCUAACAGCCCACAAAAGAUCAACAGCUGUUCAUCCGUCAGUACUCCUCCAAACAAGAUCUCAGACCGGCCCAGGGACUACAGCUUUGUCACUGAUGACAACACCCAGGAAGUGACUCUGACCAAAAGUGCCAAUGGCCUUGGCUUCAGCUUCCUAAUGUGCGAGCUGGAUCCGCCCACUCGGGACUUUGGCAGCCUUGUCCGGAUAAAGCAGCUUUUCCCCGGCCAGCCAGCUGAGCAGAGCGGCAGGAUCCAGGAGGGAGACAUCUUGCUGGCCAUCAAUGGCCAGCCACUCAAGGAGCUGUCAUAUCCAAAGGUGCUAAAGCUGUUUAAGACUUCACCACCUGAGGUUCGACUGACUCUCUGUCGGCCUGCACCAGGGGUCCUUCCUUCCGUUGAUCAGUUUAUCGGCACAUGA